AUCAUACUCAUAAUCUCUGAAUUUAAGAUCUGGAAAACGCCAAUAUAUUCUGCCCACAGGUAAUUAAAUAAGGCACUGAUCCAGAGUAAUUGGAUUCCAACUAGAAGCCACAUUUAAUGUGUUUAGUGUGCUGACACAAUGGGUGACGGGGGUGUAGUCAAAAACGGUGCCUACAAGUGGGAAGACGGUACUAGAUAUGUCGGAGAUUGGAAUGGCAGAGGUCUAAAGCACGGUGCUGGGUCAUUAGCGUUGACUGAUGGAACUCGCUAUGAUGGUGCUUUCCAAAAUGGUCUAUGUUCAGGCCUUGGUGUGAUCGUGUUUCCAGAUGGGGCAAAAUAUGAGGGAGAAUUCAUGCAGGGCUGGUUUCAUGGUCAUGGAGUAUUCUGGCGUGCUGACGGAAUGAAAUUUGAGGGAGAAUUUCGUGGCGGCAGAGUAUGGGGACUAGGUCUGGUAACUUAUGCCGAUGGUUCUCAUGGCUUUCCAAGGAAUGAAGGUUUCUUUCAAGAUUGCAGAUUAGUCCGUCGUCGACGAUGCCCAGACAUUAUCCAAAAAGCCCAAAAAAUAUCCAUGAUGGCUAGGUCGCAAUGUGACUCUUGAAAUAUUCAGAGUAUGUAAUAAUCUAUUAGUUGAUCAUUAAUCGUUGUGUAACAAUAAAUUCGCAUAUGCUUGA